ACAAUUCAUAUUCGAUAUUAAUCGUUGCGGAGACUGCGCACUGUGCGCAUCGCAUUUGAACGUGAGUUAUACCAGCCGCAAAGAAACAAUUUUCAAAUCAAUCAACAUCAAAACACUUUUCAGUGCAGUGUUGCUAUAGUCGCUGUGUUUAAAUAUUUCGCAAAAUUCAUAAAAUGAGAAUAGAAGUGAAACUCAAUAAUAAGAAUAAAUUUUUGUGAAUAAAAUCAAAUAUUUAUAUCAAAAAAAAAAAAAAUUGUCAAAUAGAUGUGAAAUACCAAAGUGCAUAAAAUGAAAGAUGAACAAAAAAUCAUCGAAAAACUUUAUUUCUUUUUGUCUAGCUUUUUGUGAAACACCUUUGUGUGUAUUGUAAUAUCUCUUUGUUCAUUUGUACAAACGAUUGAGUGUAAUUAAAAGAAAAAUACAAUAGCGAUCUUUUGGACUUAUAAGAAUUUCGUUGUAAAAACAAGUAAUUUCAACUUUCAAUUAACCAUCGGUAGUUCAAUUCAAAUGAUGUUACAUGAUAGGUAUUUUGCACGUCACAAAUAGGAAUGCCUGCAAAUAUGAGUCAUAAUCAAGAUGUUCAGCAUAAAGCAAAUUUGUUGUCUGUGCGACAACUGAUGAUCGCGUGUGUGUGCUCAGUAUCGUAAAAGCAGUUGACGAAGCAACACAACGAUUCGUGCUUUCUUCAACCGAAACAGUGAGCGUUUCGGCGUUGAACUUUUAAUUUAAAGUGUCAAGUGAAUUUUAAUAUAAUAACCAAUAAAUUUAAUAAUAAUCAAUUUUAUGUGUUCAAUCAGACUAAAUUUGAAUAUAAAUCGUUUGUCUCGUCUGAAAAACCAAAUCUAAAAUUAAAACAUCAUCAUCACAAGAAACAAAAUUACUGAACCGGUGUUGAAUAUCUAUUUUUGGCUAAAAAUGGCAAAUUACCAUACGAAUUGGAAUUUUGAUUGGACCGUCGCUGGCAUUGCAAUCGGCUGGAUAAUGAUGGCAUUGUCCAUUGGACAAACGGCGUUUUUUGUGUGCAUCGUUUCAUUUAAAGGGUCCGAAAUAUUCUAUAUUAUUACGAUAUGGAUUUUUGUUUUCAAUUUGCUGGCGACCAUUAUUUGGAUUUCUGGAAUCAGCAAAAACAUGAUAAGAUUAAUGUUAGCCAGUUUGAUCUGGUGGUUCAUCUCGCUGUGUCUAUGGUUUCGUUUUAUAUAUGUUACAACGCGCAAUAAAAAACCAGAAGAUAAUACUCGUAACAUAGUGCUGUAUGCUUUAACAGCAAUUCUAUUUUCACUGUACGUGCUGGCCGUCAUAAGUUACAAGUCAUUGGAUGGUGUAAUUGAGAGAAAAAGACUGGAUGCCUUGCGAUUGGCCGUAUAAAUCGCGCGAUGUGAUAGCGACAACCGCCAAAAAAUGAUUUUAUUAUUUAAACAUAAAUUCAUUGUAUUUAGUGCAAAGUUGUUUAUUUGUAUUUGUUAAAAAGUGAUAAUAAUGAGAAUUUUAGUGUUUUUAAAAAGAUAUUUGCCAAUUUACGUUAGAUAAAAUACAUGCCAUAUAUUUUUUCGCUUAAAAAUAAAGUGAAUCAGAUAGUAGCAUUUGUUUCCUAUUUUCGAUUCUAGUUUGAAUAUAUGCAAAACAGAAAUAUACGAUGAUUCAUGCUAAUGACCAAGUGAACGACCCAAAACCAUUUGACAAUUGUUUCGAUGUGUGCGUGUUUUAAUUGGAGCAAAUGAAAUGCGUAUGUAUAUCAUUUUUCAUGCGGCACCCAUUCAAUUACGCUCAUAAAAAGACCCGCUACAAAUGCGAUAAAUGGUAUUUCAACACGCGAACAUUGUAUAUUUUACUGUAUGUUGCCGUUGAAAAUAGCAUGUGAAUUUAUUUGAUAGCGUAUCGUUUCUUUCUUUUUUAUGCGAAAAGCACAUGGUUGCAAUUGACUUAUGUAAACCAGUUACUGCCUGUUAUUGUGGAAUACACUUCGGACGCGAACAGAAUUGCGAAGAAAAAUAGUGCGUUUUUGUGUUUAAUUUCGAUCAGCGCCUGCGUAAAAAAGGGUGUUGAGUCGAAAUCACAAAUAUUUAUUGAUAGCUGAGAAUUCACAAUAGAGUUUUAGUGGAAAAAUGCAUUUUUUUUAUUUAUUGACGAUGUUUGGUCAACUUUUUUCCCUCCUGAUCAUUCUUUCGAUUGCAAAAAGCUAAAAAUCAAACAGAGAUCAUUGAAGGUUAAAAUAUUUGAAUAAUAUGCACGAGCAUCAGAAACCGAUACUCAAUACAAAACAUUGUUUCUUGCCAAAUUGACGUUGAUUUGAUUCGAAUCCAAGUGUGAAUCAUUUUUACAGCGAUUUGUUAAACCAAAUUCUUGUGAAACUAAAUUCUGAUUUCGUGUUUAUUUCUUCUCCUUUUCUUUGCUACUUCAUUUCAAUUUUAUUAUUCGUGUUUUUGGUUGAAUCCAUGCAAACUUGAAUUAUCUCAUUUGAAAUACAUCAACAAACUGCCGGUAUAUGCAACGCGAGAACGGUAAUCCGUAUGUUUAUAUACAAAAAUAAACCUGAGACCGAUCGUUAGCGGCGAUUGCGACUGUGUCGAUGUAUCAGUACGAGAUUUUGUAUGUACGAAAUGUGUCGACGCGCAAUAAUAGCGUUUUUUCGGUGUUUAGUCGCAAUUUAGCGUUUAAAAUGUCACGUGUGCAUUUUAACAAGAGUUUGUUUGGCUCAUCAAACUAAUAAGAAAUUGCAGUGACAGCGUUAAAAGUGUCGGUUUACCUGCGAAUUUAGAAGGGUCCACGAUCCAAACUAGAAAACAAGUCAAUUUUUACAAGAGCUAUGCUAAAUUCUUUUAAGUUUGUCACAAAUAAGUUUCGCAAUCAAUAUGGAAAAUGGACAAACCAGCAAUUGUCUCAAGUGGAAAUUUACCGGUAACGCAUUAGGGAUUACAUUCGGCAUAACGUUUAUGUUUUAUUUUGGAUUUUUGUCCAUGUUGAUUGAAGCGAAAUUGUUACUCGCCGCAUUGAUGAUUGCAUUAGAUUUGGCAGCGACCAUCAAUUGGAUGUUUGGCAUCAUGAAGGACAAGCCUAGUUACCUCCUGGUGGCAUUGAUCGUUUGGGGUAUACCACUCAUUAUUACUUUUUCUAUUUUACAAAAACCACUCAAGACGUAUGUUGCACCCUUCAAAAUACAUGAAAUUCUCAUCUUUGCUGUGACCGUACAUUUCGUAUUGUUUUAUUUUAUCUUGAUGAUGAGCUAUCGGUCAUUGAAAAAGUUUGCACAGCACAAAAGAUCCGAAUCAAGCAUCGACUGGAAAAUUGUCGCUAUAGCUGUUGGAUGGAUUAUAUUGGCGUUAAACAUUGGAUUAACGACACUUUUUGUUUUUUGGUCUGUGGUAUUCGGAAAAAAGAUGGUUCUGCUUAUUACGUGUUUAGUAUUUGUAAUCAACUUAAUAUUAACGGCUAUGUGGCUGUGGGGAGUCUCGAUAAAAAAAACGGGAUUUAUGUUGGUGUCGCUAUAUUGGUGGACAAUGACUUUGAUUGUUUGGCUGGUGAUUAUAAUACACGGCAUUUACAACGUUCUAUCUAAAGGCCAGACACUAUAUCAUUCGCAUGAUGAUUAUCUCUAUGUAAUGACAGUAUUUUGUAUAGCUUUGUAUUUUAUGGCUGUGUGGACGUACAAGUCAUUGAAAAAAAGUAUUCAAAAAAAUGAAGAAGAAAAUCAUCGCUUUCGUGUGACAUAUACUGCAUGUACUGAAAAUAAAGACUUUGGCCCGUAGAAUAUCAUAUUACUUUUCCGCACACACAUAGUGUGAAAGGGGAAAGUAUUGCAAUGGGUCAAAAUUUACGACAUCUCAAAAACAUGUUUU